AUGGGUGGCUUCUAUAUGGCAUACCUAGAGAGUCUGUGCCGUCGCCGCGGAUGGCGUGAUCCCCUGUACGAGACGUACAGGAGUUCAGCGGGUUUCACUUGCCUGGUCCUCGUGAAUGGUCGAGAAUACCAGACGGACCUGGCAUACGAAUCCGAUGGGCUGGCUCAGGAGAAUGCGGCAAUGCGGGCAUUCAUGGUCUGCAGGAACUUCUCUGUGAACGGAGGUAUGCUGGCUCGAAAUGGUGUGGUCCAGGGGCUGCCUGCGAAUGAAAGUAAUGGCAGGCAGAGGAGAAGUCGGGGCGGUCGAAGUCAUUCUGUCAACCUGAGCAGCAGCAGUUCCACAACGUCAUCAGAGUAG